CUUGCAUUGCAGUAGGAAUGGCAUAACCACAUGCUGUUAGCUAAGUGAUAUCUAUCUGUUGGUGUCUGGAUCAACCACGUCAGUCAUCACCGUUGACAACAGCCACAAAAUAUCGUCAACGUUAGCAACGCCUUCUAGGUGCAUAUGCACAAUUAAUUACACAACUGACAGAAUGCAUGUUAUCAGCUCUAUUUGCUUUUUGUCUUAUCUUUUGUCUUUGUCUCGGAUGCAUCAAGCCUACAUCCGCCCUGCACCAUCGUCCCCCCAACCGUAUUCACUGUUUUCUUUUUUAUCGAUAAAUCACGUCACGAAGUUCUCAUGUCUGAAUUUUUCCAAGAAAGUCCCAUUGCCAAGUCAUGCCCUUUUUUGCUUUUCAUCCCGAUCUCUAUCUCAGCCCCAAUUUCAAGAGACCCGUUUUCUGAUGGAGGAAUAUCUCCCUCCCACCUCAAGCUUCUCCCUGAACGUGGAUGUGGAUACGUCAAUAAGUCGAGAAAGAAAGCAUUUACCAAGAAAAUUGACAGUUCAUCGUGACAGAACGCCAAGACGGAAAACAACAAAGGAUCUUCCCUGAUUGUGGCUUCGGAUGUUGCGAAAUUCUCUCUUCCCUCCAAACAUAUGGAUACCUGUACAACCACGUACAGAAUUUAAGGCCGAGACAAUCAUUCAAUGAC